AACGUGAUUCUUCAUAAGGAAGCUCAUUGAUGACAAAAACCGUCAAGCAGAUGCAGAGCAGACAGUUAGAGUUCAAUUAAAUCUGAAAAACCGGAAUAGAGAGACCUGAGAGCAGAACGCGUGGUGUUGUGAUGAUCAGCUCAGGACCACUCUAACACACACACACACACACACACACACACACACACACACACACACACACACACACACACACACUACCAGUAUGUCGGCAGUGCGCUCAGCCUCCCUUCCUCCUGAGGACCCGAUCACGCCCCCACCCAUGACCACGCCUCCUCGCAAAGCCUCAGUCCGCCUGCAAGAGAGGCGGGGCUCCAACCUCUCACUCCUAUUGGAUGUGAGCAGCCUGGGGGCGGAGCCUGUGUGUUCUGUCUCCACCCCGAAGGAGGUGUGGCUCCAGCUGCUCCACACCUCCUCCCGACCUCUGACCCACACCAUGCUGCAGCAGGCCGCCGCCGACACAAACACCCUGAACGUAGAGUAUCAGAAGAUCCCUCCGAAUUUUGUGAACCCCGCAGAGCUGGAUGUUCCAGGUCACAUGAUCAAAGACAGAUACAAGACCAUCCUGCCCAACCCUGAGAGCCGGGUGGUCCUGAGGAGCCCAGAGGAAGAGGCGGGGCCAGACCGCUACAUCAACGCCAACUACAUCAGGGGUUACAGAGGAUCUCCAAGGGCCUUCAUCGCCACCCAGGGGCCAAUGCUGCACACUGUGGGGGAUUUCUGGGACAUGGUGUGGCAGGAGAGGAGCAGCAUCGUCGUCAUGGUGACAAGACUGAAGGAGAACAACGAGAAAUGUGAGCUGUACUGGCCACAGCCGAGGGAGAGGAGGAGGAGGGUGAAGGAGGAGGAGGAAGGAGAAGAGGGGCUGAGGGAGGAGGAGGAGGAAGGAGAGACGGGACGAUUCGGCAGAUUCCUCCUCAGAGUGACGGACAGUCGAGAGAAAAACGGGUUCACUGUCACUGACAUGGAGAUCCAGGUGGGCUCGGAGCGUCGUCCCAUCAGACACUACUGGUUCACCUCUUGGCCUGACCACCACAUCCCACAAUGCACCGCUCCCCUGCUGAGACUGGUAGAGGAGGUGGAGACGUACAGCAAGUCCCUCCUCCCGUUCGGCUCUCAGCCAAUCACAGGCCACGACCUCGGUCCCGGACCAAUCGUGGUCCACUGCAGUGCAGGUAUCGGGAGGACGGGCUGUUUCAUCGUCAGCAGCAUCAGCUGUCAGCAGCUCAGAGACGACGGACAGGUGGACAUCCUGGAGACGGUGUGUCAGCUCCGACUGGACAGAGGGGGGAUGAUCCAGACCAUUGAGCAGUACCAGUUCCUCUACUCCACACUGGCCCAGUACAGCUCCCAGUUACAACACAGCCAGGAGCAGAACCAGAACCCAGAGGACCAAGUCAGCAUCCAGCUACAGAACCUCCAGCUGGACAGCACACAGAAUGUGAAUCUGCAGAACCAAGCAGAGCAGGUUCACACCUAAAGAGAUCCAGGAGACCUCAGAACCAGCAGAAGACCCAACACCAGAGGACCCAAACAGGAAGUGAAAGACUUCAUGCACCUUCAGAGAAUCAGGAUCACACAGUUCAGUCCAGUUCAGAGCAAAGAGACCCUGAAUAACUCAGAGCAUCAUGUCCACACUGGACUGAAAGUCUCAGAAAACUGAACCAAGCAGAAAAAAAAACACAAAACGGAAAAUGUUAAGUAAAAUAAAAUGAGGAAUUUUCUUUGUGGGUACAUCUACUACAUUCAUUGAUAAGACACUGAUGGAGCAGAGGACCACAGCUGCAAAUAUGUGUUCCCCAUAGAAAUAGAAUCCGAGUAGACUUUGAACUUCUUUCUGGGGUCAUUUGACUUUGGCAAAAGAUGGAUGGCUGGCUAGUUAGGUAGCUAACGUUAGCUCGUCCUUCUCCUGAGUGCAGCUGCUGUUUGGCAAAUGUUCUGUAACCAGUGGAGAACAAAAACAUGGUUGAAUUAUGUAGCUAGCUAACUAGCCAGCUUACCACUAGUUAGCGAUUUAGCUUGCCAAUUCCACCAUGCUUUAAUGCUACAUUUGUAACACGAAAUGAGCCAAACAAAGUUGUCUCUUGUCUGUUGAUAGUUUUGUUUUUUCCUACGCUGUGAAGAGUAACGUCACUACUCCACUGCUACAGAAGUUAGCCCGCUAUGGUUCACGAUAAAUGGCCGCCACUCCGACCAAAAGUUCUUUGAGUUAAAAAAGAUUCAUCCCGCUUUCACCAGAUGCUGUAUGGAUGACAAGAAAAUUCAUUGAGCGGCUACACCAACUCUACUUUUGCUUUUUGCGUGUGUUUUUACAUCAUAUAGUCUGUAGUGACUUCAAUGUAAACACAUACACGUGCUAUAAUAUGCUACAUUCAGUGACGUAGAAUAAAAUGAGAGAAAGAUGGUGGUAUUUAUGGUGGACGGGUCGAACAAACACAUUCAACCAGGAGACCUGUGUUUGUAUAGCAAAGUGUUUUUGACUUAUUGUGAAGUUACGUGAUGUUUGUGAUGUGUUCGCUGUACUUUUGUAAAGUUGUUUACGCUUGAUUUAGUGAAUGUACUUUUUAAGACAAACAAUGACAUUUUUUCUAAUCCUAACAGUGUUUUACUUCUCUAAACUUAACUGUAGCCGCUUCACAUUAAAGACGUGACAAAAAAUGACACAAGAAAAGCCUAAAAUGUGUCAUCGUGACACGCUGAAUGUCUUUAAGAUGUUGUUCUAUUUAUAAGAGAUCAGGUUGGAAUAGUUUGAAUAGUUAGCAGUGAGUCAUCAUCUGAAGCAGCAGCUGAGCUUUAAUUAGACAAGAAAUUAUGUUUCGAGCUGCAACUAAGGAUUGUUUUUAUUAUUUGUCACUCUGAAGAUCAUUUUCUCGAUUGAUCGACCCUUUUAGAAAAUGUUGGAAAAUAAUAAAAAGA